GCCUCAUAGAUUCGUCUCCUCCAUCUGAUAUAUGAUCCUCCGUCUCUCUCUCUCUCUCUCUCUCUGUCUUUCCAGUCCCUUCUUCUUCCUCCGCCACAGUAUAUCAGUCUCGACUGCUGCCAUCGAUCGUGUCGAGCUUUGGUGCAUUUGCAGAGGACGAAAAGUUCCAAUCUUUCUCGGAGCUGAGUCGACAGAAGGAGGUGGAGACCGGGUUGGAUUUUGCCUUGAAGCUGGGACAAGGUGGCUCUCGACAUCCAUCACCACCUGCAGAGCAUCGAAUUCUUCAAGACCAACCGCGAGAAAGUGAUGGUGAGCCCGAUAAUAAGAACGGGAAACGACGAUUUGGGUCCGCCGUGGCUGAAGCCAAUGCUCCGGGCGAGCUACUUCACGCCCUGUCCUAUCCAUGGGGACUCCAACAAGAGCGAGUGCAACAUGUUCUGCUUGGACUGCGUCGGAAAUGCUCUCUGCUCUUACUGUCGCGUCCAUCACAGGGACCAUCGCGUCGUUCAGAUAAGACGAUCGUCGUACCACAACGUGGUGAGGGUGAAUGAGAUUCAGAAGUACAUAGAUAUAUCGUGCGUUCAGACAUACAUAAUCAACAGCGCGAAGAUCGUGUUCCUCAAUGAGAGGCCACAGCCCAGGCCUGGCAAGGGGGUCACCAACACUUGCGAGAUUUGUUGCAGAAGCCUCCUUGAUUCCUUCAGGUUCUGUUCUCUGGGUUGCAAGCUCAAUGCCAUGAAGAGGGGCGAUGAUCCGGACCUCACAUUCACUCUGAAACUCAAGCAUGGCAGGGACGCGCUCAGCGGUGACUUCGAUUCGGAUGAGUCGUGGACGCCAAAGAAGCCUCGGAAGUCCCCGUUCUUUGGCCGUCUGAUGGACGGGACAGUGAUUUUCUCCGAUAAUAAGAUCAAUGGAGGAGAGAGGCUGACUUGGUCCGGGGAUGACGCCACCGCAAGCAUCUCUCCCGGCACUCCGCCAAUCUAUAACCACAGCAAUGCCAGGCGAAGAAAGGGCAUUCCUCAUCGCGCUCCUUUCUGAAAACAAAUGAAAAAAAGAAAGACAGAAGAAGAAGAAGAAGAAAGAAGAUCAGUGCUUUUCUUAGUUUAUAGUGUAUAGUGAGUCAAUGGUGGGACGAAUACAGAAACAUAAAUUAUUAGGCACAAGAAUGCAAAGUGAAAUGUGGUAUAAGGGGGGCCGAAAUAGUCAAAGCUUUAGCUGUAAAUAGCAUAUGGUGAAUAUUGGACAUAGUUGUGGCUUUUUCUGGUUGUAUAUGGACCAAGGAUUUGGCUUUACCUCUUUUAGUUGCUACAUAGGAUUUGGUUUCAUGAGGUGGAAUCUAUAGAUAUGAAGUGUACAUAUGUCCCAUGUAAUGAUCAUCGACUCCCGAUAUGUUCAAACAUGAUUUGCAAUAACGGAGUGGCUUAUCGAUAUGUGUAAAGAAAAAAUGUGUUUGUUU